AUGGAGAACGAUACGCGCCCCGUCCCGGGCAGGCCAGCCCCCUACGGCCAGGCAUGUAUCCACUGUGUCAAGGCGAAGUGCAAGUGCAUAUCUCGUGCCAAUACUGGCUGCGAGAGAUGUUCCCGGCGAGGUCUAGAAUGCCGCCCUUCCGACGGGGUACGCAAGCGUAACACGAGAAAAGCAACGUCGGCCAAUAGAACGUCUCAAUUGGAAGAAAGAUUGAACGACUUGGUGACUCUACUAAGAUCACAGCAAUCAAUACCUGGGUCUUCAGUCAAGGAGCCUGUGCCCAGUUCUCAACCCUCUCAUUAUGCAUCAGCAUCUACUUGGUCCCCAUCACGUGGGCCGGACGCCUACCUCACACCGUCCACCGCCAUCAGUUCGACGUCACAUGUCGACUGCAACCAGUCGUCGUUGAUAUAUGACGAUGAACUGUCUCCAUUUGAGGCUGAAAAAGUCCUGCAGACGUUCCGAAAUGACUACCUAAAGUUUUUCCCCUUUGUGUGGAUCAAGCCGGAUGCGACUGCUCAAGAACUGCAGCGCUACCGGCCUUUCCUCUGGCUUAAUAUCCGCACUGUCUGUGAAAAGUCGACGGCAAAAAUGCAUAUUCUUGGAGACCGGGCACGCGAAAUAUUUGCAAGAAAGGUGUUGGUAGAACUUGAGAGAGACAUGGACACACUUCUUGGCCUCAUGGUGUACCUCGGAUGGUCAACCUAUCAAUCCCGUGGGAAAGGGUUUCUGGCUCGUUAUGCGAAUAUCGCCAACUCCUUGAUUCAAGACCUUCGACUCGACCAGUCCCCUUCAACCAACUGCCAUAGUAAUUGCUGGGUUACGGUUUCUAAGAUUCCAGUUGUCCCUGAACAAACUAACGAACAACGGAGAGUAUUGAUUGCCAACUUUAUCCUUUGUUCCACGAUCUCCUUUUUCCUCAGGCUUGAUGUUGUUCGAUGGAAUCCCUAUAUGGAACAGAGUCUUGAAAGACUGGCUGCACAGCCCGAGUACGAAGGAGACGAGGUCCUUGUGGCCAUAGCACGUGCGAAACUGAUCGUGGAGGAAGUCGCCAAUGCCUCCUGGCGGCGUACAGACUACGAAGCAUCGGGUCCGCCAUUGCGGUACGUGAAGCCGUUACGCAACAGGUUGGAGCAACUUAGGAAAUCGCUUUCUCCUGAGGUGGCUCAGAACAAGAUCGUCAUGUCUCAUCUCAAUAACGCCGAGGUUCUCAUCUACGAAAUUGCAAUCUUUCAUCCCACGUCACCAAUCACAAUGCCUAACCCUAGCUCCACGUAUUCCGCUAUACCCAUUCCACCCCUGAACCUGCUACCCGAUCACCCAGAACCAACAUUGAGCGCACCAUUCAAACCGGUGGAUAUAUGUCGUCUCGAAAACCUGCACAACUGUCUACAGUCAGUUAAAGUCAGUCUCUCGAGCUACUUCGGCUUUACGGCGCAGGAAUACGUGACAUUUCCAUUCGCAGCUAUGUGCCAUCUUUCACACUCGGUGCAAGUGCUUUAUCGACUUUCAACGCUCGAGGAGCCGGACUGGGACCGAGCCGCCGUCCGCAGAGAGGCUGAUAUCAUUGCGGUUCUCAACGAAGUCGCAGAUAAGAUGGGUCAGGUCGCCUCAGCAGCAGGUCUCAUUAGCGAUCCGUCGUUGCCAUGCGGCGAUAUAUUUUCUAGGGGCGCAGGGACCUUGAGAACUACGGCGUCGAUAUGGGCCGCAGCGUUGGCACAACAAGACGAGACAACUGGCAUUGAAGCAACUCAGCUCCCACCUGCAGAUGGCUGCAAUGACAUGGGAGAAAACCCGACCGACUCCAUACCCAUACUUGAUUUUGAGAAUGAUCCUUGGCUCACUGACCUCUUCGCUUCUUGGGAAGGUGCUCCGUGA